AUGGCGGUGGCCAGGAAGAUCAAAACUUUGCUGACGGUCAACAUCCUGGUGUUCGUGGGCAUCAUCCUCUUCUCCGUGUACUGCCGCCUGCAGGGCCGCUCCGAGGGGCUGGUGCAGAUCGUGCGCAGCGCCGACCGCCGCGUGCGCAGCCGGCUGGCCAAGGCGGGCGCGCCGGUGGACCGAGAGGCCAUCCUGCAGCGCCUGGCCCACCUGGAGGAGGUGGUCUACAACCAGCUGAAUGGCCUCGCCAAGCCCAUGGGUCUGGUGGAAGGCCCAGGGGGCCUGGGCCAAGGUGGCGUGGCGGCCACACUGCGGGACGACGGCCAGGAGACGGCCGGCACCUACGAGGACUACGGCUACAAUGCCCAGCUCAGCGACCGCAUCUCCCUGGACAGGACCAUCCCCGACUACAGGCCCAAAAAGUGCCGGCUGAUGACCUACGCGGACGACCUGCCGCAGAUCUCCGUGGUGUUCAUCUUUGUCAACGAGGCUCUGUCCGUCAUCCUGCGCUCUGUCCACAGCGUGGUCAACCACACGCCCUCCCAGGUCCUCAAGGAGGUCAUCCUGGUGGACGACAACAGUGAUAACGUGGAGCUCAAGUUCAACCUGGACCAGUAUGUCAACAAGAGGUACCCGGGUCUGGUGAAGAUCGUGCGGAACAGUCGGCGCGAAGGCUUGAUCCGGGCCCGGCUGCAGGGCUGGAAGGUGGCCACGGCCCCCGUCGUCGGCUUCUUCGAUGCCCACGUGGAGUUCAGCACCGGCUGGGCCGAGCCCGCCCUCACGCGGAUCCGGGAGGACCGCCGGCGCAUUGUGCUACCCGCCAUUGACAACAUCAAGUUCGACACGUUCGAGGUGCAGCAGUACGCCAGCGCGGCCCACGGCUACAACUGGGGGCUCUGGUGCAUGUACAUCGUCCCGCCCCAGGACUGGCUGGACCGCGGGGACGAGGCCGCGCCCAUCAGGACGCCUGCCAUGAUCGGCUGCUCCUUCGUGGUGGACCGGGAGUAUUUCGGGGACAUCGGCCUCCUGGACCCGGGCAUGGAGGUGUACGGUGGCGAGAACAUCGAGCUGGGCAUGAGGGUGUGGCAGUGUGGGGGCAGCAUGGAGGUGCUGCCCUGCUCCCGCGUGGCGCACAUCGAGCGCGCUAGGAAGCCCUACAACAACGACAUCGACUACUACGCCAAGCGCAACGCCCUCCGGGCGGCCGAGGUGUGGAUGGACGGCUUCAAAUCCCACGUGUACAUGGCCUGGAACAUCCCCAUGACCAACCCGGGCGUGGACUUCGGAGACGUGUCCGAGCGGCUGGCCCUGCGCCAGAGGCUGAAAUGCCGCAGCUUCCAGUGGUACCUAGAGAACGUGUACCCCGAGAUGAGGACCUACAACGACACCCUCACGUACGGAGAGGUGAGAAACAGCAAAGCCAGCGGCUACUGCUUGGACCAGGGAGCGGAGGACGAUGACCGCGCCAUCCUCUAUCCCUGCCACGGGAUGUCGUCCCAGCUGGUGCGGUACAGCGCCGAGGGCCUGCUGCAGCUGGGGCCCCUGGGCUCCACGGCCUUCCUGCCCGACUCCAAGUGCCUGGUGGAUGACGGGGCCCGCACGCCCGCCCUGAAGAAGUGUGAGGACGUGGCCCGGCCGGCACAGCGCCUGUGGGACUUCACCCAGAGCGGCCCCAUCGUGAGCCGGGACACGGGCCGCUGCCUGGAGGUGGAGAUGUUCAAAGACGCCAACUUCGGGCUGCGGCUGGUGAUGCAGCGCUGCUCCGGACAGAAGUGGGCCAUCAGAAACUGGGUCAAGCACGGACAGCACUGACCCC